AUGGCCAUCGAAUGCAAGGGGUGUCCGAGAGACGACCACAGCACAUGUCUCUUCACCGAGGAGAGGCGGGUGAAACUACAGAGCCACCUGCAACAGAUCUAUUCGAUCUACCCAAGGUAUGGAUCACUCAGCCCUUCGCUGUUCCGGACUGGGACCGAUCCGGAUGAGAAAGCGAAAGCCUAUGCACAGUUUCACAGUAGGCAUGGCCCGUAUAAGCUCAUACUCCAGCGAGCUGAGGCUCCAUUACGGGCGGCUUAUGCGGAGAUACAAGAGGAUAACCAAGAGCAUGACGAGACCAAGUUGGCUGCAUCCAUCUCUGUCAUGCUGGGCAGAGCUGCUGAAUGUCAUUCCAUGGCCAGCGCUAUGUUGAGAGAAAGCAAAAUCUGGCUCAACACUCUGUCGCAUAAAAACAGACACCAAAUCCGACACUGA